GCGGCAAAUUCAAACCAAAAAAAUGACCCUAAAUUUAAACAUUGGACUUAUGGGACAUGUUGACGCCGGCAAAACGAGUUUAGCGAAAGCUUUAAGUCACGUUGCGAGCACCGGAGCUUUCGAUAAGGACCCUCAGGCACAAACGAGAGGAAUUACUUUAGAUUUAGGAUUUAGUGCAUGCAAAUUUCCGAUUCCUGAACAUUUAAAGCAAGAAACUGAUGCGAAAGAGAUUAUUUUUACUUUAGUUGAUUGCCCCGGGCAUGGUAGUUUAUUAAAAACUAUUAUUGGAGGUGCUGGGAUUAUUGAUUUGAUUCUAUUAGUGGUUGAUGUACAAAAAGGAAUUCAAGCCCAAACUUCUGAAUGUAUUGUGAUCGGGGAGAUUAUUGGAUGUGGGAUGAUUGUUGUUUUAAAUAAAAUUGAUUGUAUUGAGGAGAAUAAAAGGGGUGGUGUUAUUGAAAAGAUGAGUAAAAAAAUUAGAAAGACUUUAAAUACAACAAUUUUUAAAGAUGUUCCAAUAAUUCCCAUUGGAUUACCUCUUAAAAAUGAUCCAUUAGGAAUUGAUGAUUUAAUUAAUGUUGUUUUAAAAGAAUCGUUUGUUCCAAAAAGAAAUCCAAAGGGUUUAUGUAAAUUUUCUGUUGAUCAUUGUUUUCCAAUUAAAGGUAAUGGUUAUGUAUUAACUGGAACAAUGUUGGAAGGAACUCUUCAAGUAAAUGAUAUGGUUUAUAUUGAACCAAUUGAUGAUAAUCGUAAAGUCAAAUCAAUACAAGUUUUUAAAAAACCAGUUGAAAAAAUAUCCCAUGGUGAUCGUGGCGCGAUUUGUGUAACAAAUAUUGAGAAUCACCAAGAAAUAAAUAGAGCAUUGGUUUGUUCACCAGGUCUGGUUCAACAUAUAAAAGUUGGGGUGAUCUCUUUAAAUCGAAUUAAAUAUUUUAAAUAUCCCAUUGAAGUGAAUGGAAAAUAUGAAUUAAUGAUUGGACACUCAAAUGCAUUAAUUAAAAUUAUAGCAAUUUUUACUGGUUGUGGAGAUUUUAAUAUAAAAGAAGAAUAUAAAUACAUCGACAAUCUAACUUGUAACAAAGAUGAUAAAAUUGAUAACAACAUAAAUCAUUUUGUAUUAUUUGAAUUUGUUAAGACUAAAUCGAUUAUUGAAAACACUUGUGUAAUUGGUUUUAAACCAGACUUACCCCCAAAUGUUUGUCGAAUUGCAUUUUGGGGUACCAUCAUUGAUUAUUCUUUAGAUUUAAACGAUUUUAAAUCAACGUAUUUCCAAAAAUUAAAGAUUUACAGGUACAAAUAUAAAGAAGGAAUCAUCGAACGGUAUUCAGACCCCAAUGUUGCUAUUGUUAAGAAUAUGUUUAAGAAAGAAACCGAUUUAAGAAUGUUUAUUGGGUUUUUUGUUACUAGUUCGGAUGGAAGGCGAGGAAAAAUUGAUGGUGGGUUUGGAAAAAGUGGAAAAGUUAAGGUUGUAUUUGAUGGGAGUGGUGAAAAUGAUCAAAAUGUGGAUCAUGAGGGAAAAGUUGUUGUUAAAUUAGUGAUGAAAAGGUUUAUUUUUGAUGAUAAAAAACGACUGUAUCAAUAAAUUAGGUGUAUUAUUAAAGUAUUAAUGUAAAUAAUUAAAGAGAUAAAUAAUAAUUGUUUAAGUAGAUUAAGUAAAUCAGUCGAAAAUAAAUUGAUUUUUUGUUACUA